AUGAUAUUUCUAAAAUUCUCUCUUUUUUUAUUCAUUGAUUUAAAUUGUUUUUCAUUCUUAUCUUUCUCAGUCAUUUAUUCAUCCAAUUUUUUUUCGGUCUUUAAAUUCUUUUCAAUUAUUUUAUUUUUUUCUUUCGUUUUAUUCGCUUUCAUUCGCUUUAUUUCUUUGUUUAAUUUCGUUAACUUUUCUUUUUAUUUGUCCAUUUAUUUUUUAAUUUCUCCUCUUUUCUUUCUUUUACCUUUUCAUUAUUUAAACUGUUUUUUAUUCUUUCUUUUUCUUUUUUCUCAUUCCUUUUUUUCCCUUCCCAUUUUUUUCUUUUUCCUUUGUUUCUCAUUCAUUGAUUUAAAUUCUUUCUCGUUUUUCUUUUUCUUUUGUUUCUCAUUCAUUGAUUUAAAUUCUUUUUCAUUCUUUCUUUUUCUUCUCUUUUACUCCAUUCAUUUAUCAGGCGUUGGUAUCAAUCACUCUUCGACCAAAGCUGGUGUUGAUAGCAAUCACUCAUCGAUAAAUGCAGGUGUUGGUAGCCACCAAUCAUCAAUUAAAGCAGAUGUUGGUAGCCAUCACUCAUUGAUCAAUGCAGGUAUUGGUAGACAUCACUCAUCGAUCAAAGCUGGUGUUGGUAGCAAUCAUUCAUCGAUCAAUGCAGGUAUUGGUAGACAUCACUCAUCGAUCAAUGCAGGUGUUAGUAGCCAUCACUCAUCGAUCAAUGCAAGUGUUGGUAGCUAUAACUCACCGAUCAUAGCAGCUGUUUGUAGCCAUCACUCAUCGAUCAAUGCAGGUGUUGGUAGCCAUCAAUCAUCCAUCAAUACUGGUGUUGGCUACCCUCAGAACUUUAAGAGUAACAGGGAAUAG